AUGGCGGCCUCCAACAAUCUCAUUGACUUCGACGUCAUUGAAGGACAGAAGGAGAACAUCCAGUCCUUGCCUGGUGGGCGUUCUGCAAGGAAGCUGGCCGAGUUGUACUCCCCAUCACCUUUGCAUAAACUCGCGACACCUACACCUUCGGAUACCAAAAAUGUUCACGACUGCAUUCGCGCAGAGUAUGAGGCAGAAAUUCAGAAUAUUUCAGAAUCAGAUGACCCUCUGGACGUGUUCGACCGUUACGUCAGAUGGACCUUGGAUGCGUAUCCGACGGCUCAAGCAACACCACAGUCACAGCUGCACACGCUGCUCGAGCGCGCUACAAAAACGUUCAUAACAUCUGCACAAUACAAAAACGACCCUCGCUACCUGAGGCUAUGGAUUCAUUACAUCCACUUCUUUUCGGAUGCCCCCAGGGAAGCGUACAUGUUUCUUUCUCGUCAUGGGAUCGGAGAGGGUCUUGCCCUCUUCUAUGAGGAGUAUGCUGCUUGGCUAGAGGGUGCAGGAAGGUGGACACAGGCCGAGGAAGUCUAUAAGCUUGGCAUUGAGCGCGAGAGCAGACCUGUUCAAAGAUUGCUACGCAAGUUCAAGGAAUUCGAGGAGAGGAUGGCUCAGGAGCCCGCCGACGCCAUUGAGCCGUCGUCACCAGCACUUCCAACUAUGCGUCCAGCGCUGGCUGCAAAAGUUGAUCCCUUUGGAUCCAUGUCAAGAUCUGCUGACCCUCAAGCGCCACGGCCAACAAGCGGUGGCAGUAGCGCCACCUCGAAGCCAGCGAAGUCAAAGCUUGCCAUCUUCUCAGAUGCAGAUGCCAAGCCCGCUCCUUUGGCAUCCAGGGGAGAGGGAUCCAAAGGAUGGGAUUCGAUUGGAUCGAUAUCCGACCGCAAGAAAGAAAAUGCCAUGGAACCAAAGCCGUGGGUUGGUGAGACGCUGAAAGCAGGAGGAAAGAAGAGUGCUGCUCCAAAGAUGGCAGUCUUCAGGGAUCCGUCGCUAUCUCAAAUAAACAACAUCAUCGUUGUACCAUCUAAAAGCCAAGUGACUGUACACCCGCAAACGGGUAAGAAGGAGUACAUAUUUGUUGAUCUUGCUGCCGUGUACCCUGCUCCAGAGGAACCUGGCUCGGAGUUGAGCUUUGAGGAAAUCAUGGCCACUCGCCGCGGGUGGCUUGAUCAGUCUUGGGAUCAUGAGACGGUUGAUGAGAACCUCGUUCCUGAGCCCAUGGGAGAAUUGAAUGGGAUUGAAGAGAUCAGCCAUGGCGUCAAAGGUAAACUUGUCAUACAUCGCGACUCGGUGCUCCUUGAUGAAAAUGGAGAUAUGAGAGAGCAACCCCGAGAGCCUCGUAUCGCGAAGAAGAAGAAGGUUAUGGAAGUAAACGAGACUCAAAUAAUCAAGGCAAAGUUGGACUCUCCCUCGGGUCCAAAACUGCGCAAGAAGCAGACUUCAGAGCCAACAAUGACGCUUCAUACCAAGGCAGCGACAGACGAUAUUUAUGACAUCUUUAAUGCCCCGCUCAGGUCAACCAACUUGAGUGAAACUGGAGAAGAGGAAGAUUAUGAGACAGACGGUGAUUACACUACCGAUGGUGAAAGUACUGGCACCACCAGACAGCUUGAUACCGUCAGUGAGAAUGGCGAUGAUGACGCCGUCGACGCGAAAAGUGUUAGCGAAUGGUCAGACUACUCAGCUCAAAGACAUAUUCCGGAUAUCGAAGGGCGGGUUGUAGAUGACACUCUAGCCACGCGCAGCGAAUUUGACGAGAAUGCUGGAGAGCAAGAAGCCGAAGGCAACACGUACCGGGCAAGUAGUACAACCGAGGACGGGGUAGAGACUCCAACGGAUGGAGGUUUGCCUCGUAAUACUCGCACAGUAUUCAUUCCUAUUCCCCCAGAAGAUUACGACCCCCCGACACGUCCGUAUAGGGAUCCGGCCGAGGUGGCGAACAAUCGACUCCCAUUUAUGACACCAAUAACAGAAAGAACAGAAUGCUCACUGGAUGUUGACCUGGAGCGCCGCGACACUUUCAAGACGCCGUGCCGACGAGAUGGGACAAUCCACGCCAUGGAAAACGACUCCGACAGCGACCUUCCAAGCAGCCCGCUGAGGGAAGUUGUAGACGACGAUUGCCCGAUGCCCAAAAUCCCGGCGGCCUUAGUCCCGAGAUCCGCACCUAUUUUGAAAAAGGGGCCUGUCAACAAACCAAUACCUCCAAAAGGCCCAAUCAUCAAAGACAUACAGUGUAACCCGGUGGAUAUCUCUCUCCGCCAAGACAUCCUAAGCAACAUCCAACCUCCUUUAAGUUCAUAUGCCGGCUUCCAUGACCACAGCGGGCAGAAGUGUGAAUAUGGAGGAGAUAUUCGCAAGUUUGCAAAGGCAAUGAAUAGACUGAACAAAGGCGGUGCAGACAGAACAGGCCCGCUUCCGGCUCCAGUUGUGAUCGAAUUUCCUAACACAACCCGGGUUUAUCACCUGAAGAGGGAGCUCGGCGUGGGUGCAUUUGCUCCGGUAUAUCUUGUUCAAAAUUCUUCCCCCAAUGAGGAAGAGACCGACGAGAAUGCAGCUGUUGCAAUGGGUAAAGGCUUGUUCGCCGUGAACCAUCGCAAUGAACUUGAAGCUCUCAAGAUGGAGGCGCCUCCUACUCCGUGGGAGUUCUACAUUAUGAGGCUGGCACACACUCGUUUAGGCCCACAGCAUCGUGCGGCGGCUUCUUUGUCUUACGCUCACGAGCUUCGAUUGUAUCAGGACGAAGCAUUUCUCUUUCUGCCUUAUCACCCUCACGGAACCUUGUUAGACGUGGUAAAUUUCUUCAGAGCCGAACCUUCUGGAGUCAUGGAUGAGCAACUUGCAAUGUUCUUUACUAUUGAGCUUAUGCGAACUGUUGAAGCCCUUCACACCAGGAGCAUUUUGCAUGGGGAUUUAAAGGCCGAUAACUGUCUGCUUCGUCUAGAUGCUACGUCGUCGGACCAACCUAUUUCAACACCGUGGAAAGCGGAUGGCAGUGGCGGUUGGUCUUCGAGAGGUAUCGUUCUCAUUGACUUUGGCCGGGGAAUUGACAUGAAGGCGUUUGUGCCUGAUGUGGAAUUCAUCGCCGACUGGAAGACCUCAUCGCAGGACUGCGCGGAGAUGCGUGAGGGUCGCCCUUGGACAUGGCAAAUUGACUACCAUGGUUUAGCGGGUAUCAUUCACUGUCUUCUCUUUGGGAAGUACAUUGAAACUCAGCGAUGUGACCAAGGCGGGCUUGGGCGUACUGGAAGGAAAUACAGAAUCCGAGAAAGCCUUAAACGAUACUGGCAGGCAGACCUCUGGUCUGAAUGCUUCGAGGUGUUGCUCAAUCCUGGAUCAUUUAUGGAGGUUGAAGAAGGAUGCAAGAUGCCCGUGCUGAAAUCGCUAAGAAGUGUACGGGAACGAAUGGAACGGUGGCUUGAAGCAAAUUGUGACCGUGGCGUCGGCCUGCGUUCACUAAUUGCCAAGUUGGAAGGAUAUGCAAAGUCUCGCAAGUAG